CUUAGUUAAAAUAGUCACUGAAACACACACGAUUGAUAUUUCAUUCCCUCUCUCUAUAAAUAUAAAAGAAGGGUUAUUAUUUAUUAAUUAUUGCCGGUGAUGGAAAAAGAUGGUGGUUGUGAAAACAUAGUCAGCACCACCACAACCACCACCGGAGAUAUUGGAGGCGUCGCCGCCGCUGCCGAUAACACAAAGCUGCAAGUAAUUUCCAAUAUUUUUCGUAAACAUUAUCCAAGAGGCUUUCUCAGAAAGGUGGUGGCGGAGUUGAUAGCAACUUAUCUAUUGGUGUUUGUGACAUGUGGGUCCGCCGCCAUCAGUGCUGUGGAUGAACACAAGGUCUCUAGGCUUGGAGCUUCCGUCGCCGGAGGCCUCAUUGUCACCGUCAUGAUCUAUGCUGUUGGCCACAUCUCCGGCGCCCAUAUGAACCCUGCCGUCACUCUUGCUUUUGCCGCCGUCAGACAUUUUCCUUGGAAACAGGUUCCAGUAUAUGCUGCAGCCCAAUUGACUGGUGCAAUUUCGGCAGGAUUUACACUAAGAAUUCUUCUCCACCCGAUAGAAAAAGUGGGAAUAACAUCACCUUCUGGUUCAGAUAUUCAAGCUCUUUUAAUGGAGCUUGUUGUCACUUUCUCCAUGAUGUUCGUCACUUCUGCUGUUGCAACUGAUACCAAAGCAAUAGGGGAACUAGCCGGGAUAGCAGUUGGAUCUGCAGUAUGCAUUACUUCUAUUUUGGCCGGACCCGUAUCGGGAGGAUCGAUGAACCCUGCCAGGACAUUAGGACCGGCUUUGGCUAGUUCAUUCUACAAGGGCAUAUGGGUCUACAUGGUUGGACCGGUAUUGGGCACAAUGCUCGGGGCUUGGACAUAUAGUCUCAUUAGAUUUACUGACAAACCGGUUCAGGCUAUUUCUCCGCGUUCUUUCUCUUUUAAGCUUCGUCGGAUGAGGAGCAAAGAUCGAACUGAUCAUCAGCUCAUGUCUAGCACUCGACGACUCGACCCUUUAAACGCAUUAUGAAAUGAAAAUAAAUAAAUGGUAUAUAU